UUUCCGGGUCAGCCAAACAUCCCGUACUUGCUGGUGGAGAUAAAAUCCAUGCUUUCACACGUGUAACGUGUUUUAUCAAAACAGAGUAGUAAAAUGAGUUCUCAGAAAGGAAAUGUAUCUCGGUCACGAAGCCAGAAGCACUGUAACGCCUUUGCGUUUAGAAACGACAAGUACGGAGCGACUGUGCAAGUAAAGAAGGCAAAUUCAAAAAUCCACAAUGGGCUUUGUCUACACUGUAAGGGAGUUCUUGAGUGGAAAGUCAAGUACAACAAGUACAAAUCGCUAACACAACCCAAAAAAUGUGUCAAGUGUUCUCAAAAGACAGUGAAAGAUGCGUAUCACAUAGUGUGCAAGCCCUGUUCGCUUCAGCUAGAAAUCUGCUGCAAGUGUGGGAAGAAAGAGGACAUUGUCAUACCGAUAAACUCACAUUUGGACAAGGAAGAGCAAGAGGAAGACGACCAAGGAGAAAAAGGACAGAAACAAGAGAAGAAAAACGUGGAUGAUUUGGAAAGUGAUGAUGAUGAUAAUUAUGAUAAUGACGACUUUGCUGGCCUUGAAAAUGAGGAAGAUGACGACCUUGACGGUUACUCGGGACCAAAAUAGACUCAGACCAAAUCAGCAGUGCUCCCAGAUGUUUUUCUGGAUAAUUUCAAUGAUUAAAGACAUGUCUUAAAGAAGCUAUGUCAUCAAAAUAAAGAAUACAAGUUUCAAUAUGAUUUUAAUACAAUUAAAUCAAUUGUAUUGGUUUCUUACAGAGCCUACAUGAGAAUUUGAGUUCUAUAUCAGGAUAGUUGUGUGGACAAACUUAUGUUUUACAUUUAUGUACAGUUUUCAGUUUGUUGUAAUAAAUCUUUCUAAAUCUCUAUCCUUAUGGGAGUUAUUGGGAGCGACAUGUAGGCGUUGAUUCAACAUUCAUGUUCCUGGGUGCAAGGUGGGUAACGUAACACAUCUAAAUAUUUCAGGGUGUUUUGUGAUGGAAUCACAUCGGUUCCAACUGUGCUUGAAGAAACUGCAAACGUGUGAAAUGAUCCAGAAGCUCAGUGUUCCCCACCCAGA